AUGUCGUUUUCUCCUCUUUGGUUGGUACUCUGCGUGCUUACUAUAUCUGAUGCGUCAGCUGCGGGCACCACGCCUUCGGUACGGCUCGCUAAACUGCAGUCGUGGCCGUUGACUCCAUUGACGAAGUUUGCUAAUCUGUUUGUGGAACGCUACGGAAUGCAGAGAAUCAUGUAUGAUACUUUACUUUUCUCACUCCGGAUUUGCUUACCUCAGCGAUUAUUCAGCGAUGGACCGAUCCGCUUGAUGGAUGGUACGACAGUAGAAGUUGCUGACAGUCCGAUGUCCGAUAAGAACGGGGGAUACUUCCUGAGAUAUCUCUUCUCAGGAGAUAAUGUAGUAGCAAGUAUGAGGCUAAAAGCCCCUGACCCUCUCGAGAGCUCCCAACUCGAUUCGACGAAGUGGAAACUCAACUACAAAAUUCUGGAUUUUACGCACUACGCAACUACAAUGAUAGGUAACUUGGCCUCAGCAUUCUUUAUGUCCGAUUCCAAAUCUUGCUUUUUGCGUCAAUACUUUCGAAAACUUGAUGAAAAAGUGCUGAUCUAUCAUGCAGUGGCGGUGAAAGGAUUUCGUAAGAGUGGCUGGGGGAGGGGCAGCAACAAUAAUUAG